GUUGACCUGCCCGCCCCGUGUCCGCACACUCCCGGUGGGGACGCGGCGCGGGCCGGGUUAGGCUCCGCGGCCCAUGGGAGUGGGUGGCUCGGUGUGAGCCGGUCCGCCGCGGGUGGGCGUGCAGGGGUCAGGCGGUGUGUGUGUGUGUGAGGGGAGGUGGUGGUGGACCGGCAGGCGGGGGUGUCCCGUUGCUGGCGGCCGUCAUGGAGGUGUGCGAGAGCGGCGGGGAGCAGCCGCAGCUGCUGCACUGGGACCGCAAGCUGAGCGAGCUGUGCGAGCCCGCCGACCCCGACACCCUGCUGUGCCACACGCACUUCACAGAGUUCCUGGAUGAGUUUUCACCUGAUGUCCUAGGCCAGCUCUUGAAUGAUCCCUUCUUGUCUGAGAAGAAUGAAAUAAUGGAGGUGGAACUGUCUCCGGCAUCCCCAGCACCCCUCAUCCAGGCAGAACACAGCUACUCCCUCUGUGGGGACUCUCGACCCCAAUCUCCCUUGACCCACAUCUCGACUGAUGACAACUUUAAUGAAGGUGACCUGGAAAAUGAGGAAUGGUGUCUGGCUACAGAGCUUACUCCAUCAGCAAUAAAGACUGAGCAAGUGUUGUGCGAGACAUCAGGCCUUGCUCCUUCAGUCAGUCUCACUGUCACAACCACAUCACUGGAGGGGGAACAACCUGAGCUACAGACCGAUGCCCUGAUGAAACCACUGAGCCAGAAAGUUCUUCCAGAGAUAAAAUUGGAGCCCCAUGAAGUGGAUCAGUUCUUGAAUCUCUCUUCUAAGGAAGCAGUGGAUCCCCUGCAUUUGCCUCCAACCCCUCCCAGCAGCCAUGGCAGUGACUCUGAAGGAGGGCAGAGCCCAGCUAGAUCGCUCCCUCCUUCAAGCCCAAUCCAGCUACAAGCCACGGCUAAAGUGACAUCGCGCACAGCUUCAGCGCUCUCCAAUUCACCUCUGCUGACUGCACCACAUAAAUUACAGGGGACUGGUCCACUCAUCCUGACUGAGGAGGAGAAGAGGACACUGAUAGCAGAGGGGUACCCAAUCCCUACCAAACUGCCCCUGACAAAAGCAGAGGAGAAGGUGCUGAAGAAAAUCCGCAGGAAAAUAAAGAACAAGAUUUCUGCCCAAGAAAGUAGAAGAAAAAAGAAAGAAUACAUGGACAGUCUGGAAAAAAAAGUUGAGACCUGUUCCAACGAAAAUAGUGAGCUGCGUAAGAAGGUUGAAGUGCUGGAGAAUACUAAUAGAACACUUCUGCAGCAGUUGCAGAGACUUCAAGCCAUGGUUGCUGGGAAAGUGUCCCGUUCAUACAAGGCAGCUAGCACACAGACAGGGACCUGUCUUAUGAUGGUGGUGCUGUGCUUUGCAGUAGUUUUUGGCAGCUUCUCUCAGAGCUAUGGGCCAUAUCCUUCUGCUACAAAGAUGGUUUUGCCCAGGCAGCAUUCCUCACCAGAGUCCUACACAGACUCCAUUGUGAGGUCAAGGAGUCUGCUAAUUUAUGAAGAGCCUCACCAACUCGAGGAGUCAUCAAGCCCGAUCUCCUUUGCAGAUCGCAAUGACAGGCAAGCAGAUACUUCCAAGUACACAGCGCUGUCCCUGGAAGCCAUGCCGGGAACACAGCAGGAUGAUAUCAUGCAGUUCACAAUAGCCAACGAGACGAGGCUAGAGAAAUCAGUGCUGCUAGGCCUGCAGCAGCACAGAGUCAACUCCGAACUAGAAGGAAAUGAAACACUGAAGAUAAUUGAAAUAGAUAGAAGAGUCAAUGCCACCGCUUAAAAAUAAAAAAGGCCUUUUUUCUUGACUUCCCUUUUUCCCACAUAUUUUCAGCCAAAGUCCCCCUGACUUGUCAUCCUCAGUGAACCAAAGCACAAAAGAGAGGGAGUUCAACUUCUGCCUUGACUGGUGAGGCUGUGACUGCAGAUGGGAUCUCUUGUCUUUGUAACUCCCUUUCUCAUUUCACACACAGUCCCUAUAUUUGCUUUUUAUUCCUUUCCUGUCUAACACGGCAAGGGCAGGAUUGAAUGAUGAUGGCAGUUGAAGCCAGCAGCGUGCUGGUGACUGGUGGGUGUGUAUGUGCGCAUGCACGCACACAUCCUAAUCUGAGCACAAAGACAUUCUUUAGAAGAGUGAAAUAUGCAAACCCGAUGGGAGCAUGUGGGUGAUAGAUUUUUUUGGGAGAAGGUAGUUGAGAGAAAGAGGAGCAUGAUGCUGCUCAGAAUCUAGCCACAGCUCCAUGCCUACUGGUCUACAGCACUUGAGUCUUUUAUGGGGAUUGAGAAGCAUGUAUGUAACCUGCUUCUGAAGGGACAAGGAAGGUCCCUGAUACUGGGGAUGGACAGUGAUACUGCUGAAUUGUCCUCCCCUAGCUCUUUCUCUUCUCUCCUUCAGCUUCUUUAUCAUUUACUGAGGUGGGUUUCUCUCUGGAUCAAAAGCAGUCUUGGUAGGUUUCCUUAUCGCUUCCACCCUUAUGGAAUUUAAGCAAAGAUCAGUUGCUGUCUUGUCGUACUCUGUGUGGGAGAAUUACGCUAUUUUAACUAAAUCUGUUUAGAAGGCAGGUUUUGUUAAAUUUAUGCAAUGUUUUGGGUGGAUGUCCUUUAGUUUGCUUAAGGAUAAUCUGUUUAUCUUAAAUCAGUUCCUUCCCAACAACCUAAAUCAAUGUAAGGCUUAAACCAGAAGUGCCUCCUGAGAGGACCAUAUGGAUUUAAUUUAUUGGCUUCUAAAUAUGUUGAUGGAAUUUCUUAUGUAGACCUGGUCUCAGAUCGUCCUGUGUUUCCUUUCCUUGCCAUCUUCCUGUCACUGUUGUAAAUAGUAUUUAUUAGCUUUGCAAGAUUUUGUUCAGGCAGUUGCAAUGAAGAGAACUGAGCUUCCCUAACCCUACAAGUGGUCUGGGCAAACUGAAAUUGGACACACAAGUAUCACUGAACACGCAUUCCCUUCCCACACACUCGAGUUGUCCUCUAAUAAAGCUGUCUCUUAUCUUCCUCUUAUAUCCUUCUCCAGAAAUGUGAUCUUAGACUAGUUGCUUAGCCAAAAAGAUAGGGGUACAGGGAGGUCCAGCUAGGCACAGUUGAGACCUGGAUGUAGUAGAUAAUGUAUCAACUGUAUAGCAAGACAGCCUUUGAUCUAAGGACCUGAGUGUGUAGGCAAGAGACAAGGCAAAAGAGGGAUGAGAGGGCACUGGUCCAAGUUCAGUGGAAAUGCCAAGAGCAGUAUCCAGAUCCAUCCUGGUCCAGUACUCUUCUUCCUGCUUGCUUUCUUCCUUGUCCCAUGUAGCUGUUGCCUUUAAGGGUUCUUCCCUUCUCAGUUUGUGGUCACAUCUUUGCCCAAGCUGCGCUUCUUGCAAUUCACCCUUGCAGUGGUGCAGUUGAACCUACCCCAAGAUUUGAGCAGGGUUUUGUUUGGUGACUACAGAAGGGCAGUCAGACUCCACUGAGGAUGGAUUUAAUAUGAAAAGCCUAAUUCAGCAGGCCAGAAUAGCUACUUGACAUUUUACCAGAAGAAGCUAAUUUAAAAAAAAAAAAAAAAUUUUGAAGCUCUUUUAUUUUUUGUUCCUAAUGAUAAAUAAGGGAAAAACUAACCUAGCCUUACAAGUAAUUUUUUACCAUGUACAGUAGAUAUCCCCUGCAUGUAUUCUAUUUUGUAAAAUACUGGAUUUGUAUUUUAUUACAGCAGCUGCCACACCAGCUGCUUUCUUGUUCUUCAUUUUCCUUAGACUUUCUUCCCUUAGUGUCCUAUCUGCUAGACUCAAAACUCAGUAAAAUGAAUGGAAAGAUUGUGCAGGGGGCUGUGGAACAGUCUCCAUCGUGCUGUUUUAAGAGGGUGUUUCAGAUUAGUGACAGUGAAAUAUGUGCCUGACUCCAUGACCUAGUAAUGAGUUUUGGUAUACAGGUGUGCUUUCUAAGUAAUGCCCUAUUCUUCUAUGCAAGUGCCUUUUGAUUAUUUUACCUUUAGUGGCAAUUAGAGGAGAAUUGUGGUUGUAGUCUUAUUUUGCAAGUGUUUUCUUCUUGGCGUGUUUGAGUCUCCUCCCUGAAGCCUCUUCACUUCACAGUGAUCCCAGUGGGUCCUCUGAAUCAUUCCAGUAUGCACCAACAAUUUUUUGUAUGAUUUUUUUUCCAAUGAUUUAAGGCCUAGAAUCAUAGAAUGGCUUGGGCUUGAAGGGACUUUAAAGCUCAUCCAGUUCGAACCCCCUGCCGCAGGCAGUAACACCUUCCAUUAGACCAGGUUGCUCAAAGUCCUGUUCAACCUGACUUCACAUAAAUAAUGAACAGUGGUGGCUGGCGCAAGGGAUGGCUGCAUUGGUUAGCCACAUGAGGUCAGCAAAGUGGCAGGAGAAAGCUGUGACUGACCCUUCCAUUACUGUAUGGCUGGUCAGUGUAAGUGGACAAGGUCAUAGCUUAGAAAAUUCUUUAAACAGUCUAUUUUUUAUUUUCCUUCAAAUCACCCAUGGUUUGCCACCUCUGAGGGCAGCUGAAUGGUCAAGUCUUCUGCAAAAGAGGUCCCAGGUUGCUGAGCACAACACUGCUCUUGCUAGUCUUGAAGUUUUCACUCUGUAUAAGUAGGAGGCUGCUUUGAUCCCAUGGCCACGACCAGUUAAAUGGAUCACCUCCCAUUGCAGAUACAGCUGACUCCAGUGUAUUAAAACUGAAGCUGAAUUAUUUCUCCAUACUUAAAGAACAGAUGAUUCUGCAAAGCCCAAACAACCUCCUCUCUCCAAAAGUGCAUUAGUCACCAUUAAAUCUUUGCCCUUUUGUUUGCUUAAUUUGGGCAUGUCAAUUGAAAUCUCACUGGGAGACAGUCAUGUUUUCAUCUGGAGCAUUUUAAGCCAGCCAUGGCCUGGGUCAGGCCUCCCUCUGAACUAACUCAUCCAAGCCAGUACGGCCAUACCAAUUACUUUUUACCUGUUUGAUAAUCUAAUUCCAUAAUCUUAAUUUUUGUUAUUCUCUAAGUUAUUUUUAGGUACUCUUUUGGGGAAUCUCUUAACCUAGCACACACAUUGUUUGGGGAUUUAUUAUAUUAAAUACGACUUCUUUAUAAUAAGGAAAAUGUUUCCUUCGGUAUGUUUGUGAUCAUUUUUCUUCAGGGGCCUUAAUAGAACAGGUUCCUCUGCUAUAUACUAGGAGCCAAAGAAACUUCUGUCAUCACCUACCCACAGGCUGUUACGUGACAAGGACCUCACUGUUUCCAGAGGUAGCUGAUGCCUGUAUUAAGUUCUUAGCAGGGGGACAGAGAAGGCAGGACUCAUGCAAUCACACUGCCAGCCUCAGCAGUCCAGGGGGGAUCCAAGUACUAGUGUUGGUACACUGCAAACAACAUGGAGAGGCAGAUGUAUGUGCUUCGUGCUAAGGGCAGAGGGAAGCAGUAGUAAGGUGUAUUCAGAGAGGAUGCUUGUAUGUCCUUUUAAUUAGCUCAUCUAUAUUGAAGUCUUAGCCUUCUGACAGUAUACUUUUUCCAUGAUGAGUGACUUGGUGCUGUAGAAUAAUGUGUGUGCAUAGACAGGGUAGGCAGAGGGCUUAUGUCCUAUUUAAUUUCUGUUUCCAGUAGAGGACUUUUAACUGAUCCUUAGAGUCUUUGGCUGUAACAUUAUGCUGCUUAUUAGCACAAUUUUAUACACAAAAGUAAACUUAUUUUUUGGCUUACAGCUUUAAAGUAUGGCUGGAUCUGUGGGGUCUUUGCUUCUAGGAGGAUAGACUGUGAUAGAAUGUAGGGCAUUUUAUAUAUAUAUAUGUAUAAAGUAUGCAGUGGAGGGCAUGUGACAGUUCUAACCUUGUUACCAGUGUGUAGAUAAUGUUGUGGGUUUUUUUUUCCCCAGGCUAUUUAUAGUUCUUUGCUGCGUUUCUCUUAUUUUAUCUGUAGCAUUCAAUAUUUUUCAGCAGCACAGACUAAUAAUGGAUUAGGUUGAGGUUCUUAGGCCAGAUCCCAGCUGAUACAAUGCAGCUCACUUCUACUUACCACUUUUGGAGGCUGCAGGUCUGAUUUAUACUGUCAGGGGACCUCUUCCAUAUCUCUCUAUGUAACAAUAUAAAAUGUAUUCUUAAUUUUUUUAAUGUAGAGCUGAAAAUGAAUCUAAAAACUUUUUUUUUUUUUUUUCUGCCAAAGAAACCAACCCACCUCCCCACUCCCAUCCCCCAAAACUAUUGGUGGUGAGUUCUGUCUAGACACAUUUAGAAUGUAGGUCAAAUAAAUGAAUGAUACUAAUUGCUACGCUGGGAGGGAUUUCCACUGAGUAUUUGGGCUCUAGAUUCUAGUUAAUGCCAAGAGGCCAUUGUACAAAACCCACACAUUUGAGAACAGAAGUAUACAGAGUAUUUUUAUACUCCUGGUGACUAAAAUAUUUCUUUCUCAAGUCACUAAUUAGGAAAGGAACAUUUUGUAUUCUGAAGGUGAAAUGGUAGGUCAGUACUUUGUAACUUCAAAAGUUACACUAGCCUAUUUAAGUAGUGUAGUGCUAUGAUGUUUUGCUGCUUUGCACCAUAGUGUUAGGGAUAAACAACUUUGGGGAUUUCAAAGAUGAAUGAACCAGCUUAUGUGUUAAGGCCUUUACAAAUAAGAGGCAAGGAUUCAAUCAAUGGACCAGGAUUUUGUCACUUUCUCAUGGGCAAUAGGGUGGUAGUGGUUGUUCAGGGAUAUAUUGAGGGUGUGAUCCCAGCUAACGCUACAUUGCUUAGGUGGAUCAGCAUUCCUUGGAGACUUCAGGACAGAGAGUGAAAUUGCCGUUUGAUUUUGUGGUUUUCAUGUCAGGCCUUUCUCUUGCUCUACAAAGUUAUACUUAUUAAUUGACUUCCUAUGUAGAAAAGAGUGCAUCUUGCAGGAAGUUUUCAUUUGUGAUGCUGAAAUGGAGUUUGGAUAUUCUUUAUUAGUAGUCUCUUCUCUGACCUAAAGCCCAUCUCCAUACUCUUUCCUCCAAGAGUUGGAACAAAAUAUGGGA